GGGAUGGGGCCGGCGAUGCGGAGACCGGAGACCCAGAGACCUCGGCCCGCGGCGCCGGGGGCCCGGGACUCGUGCUCCGCGCAGACACCCCCGACCUUCGCCCCCCUAGCGCGGCCCCUGCUCCCCGCCUGUCCGUCGGGCCGGCCGGGACGGCUGCAGCGCCACCUCCUGAGCGGCGAGUUCGACCAGCUGCGGGACUUCCCCAUCUUCGAGAGCAACUUCGUGCAGGUGACCCGGUCAGGAGAAGUCGCCAACAAAGUCACCAUGGGGGUGGCCGCCUCCAGCCCGGCCCUGGAGCUCCCAGACCUGCUGUUGCUGGCAGGUCCCGCCAAGGAGAACGGACGCCUCCAGUUGUUUGGGCUGUUCCCCCUGCAGUUCGUGCAGCUCUUCGUGCACGACGAGAGCCGCUGGCAGCUCAAGGUCAAGUUCCGCACCGGCCGCGCCUUCUACCUGCAGCUGCGCGCCCCGCUCCAGACCCGCGAGCGCGAGUUCGGCCGGUGGGUGCGGCUGCUCUUCCGCCUGCGCUUCCACGCGGCCCAGGGCGCGGUGCCCUUCACGCAGGGCGGCUCGUCGCGGGAGGACGGCGACGACUGGGACGACUGGGAGGACGACGACUCGCUGGAGCCGGAGAUUCAAGGAAUGGAAGCAAGACUUGACCCCCAGACAUCAGAACUCUGGGGACUGUGAGCCUGCCGAAUCCUUCCCGGGCCAGAGAGCUAAAUCCCUACCCUACCUCAGGGCCGGACAGAUGAAAUAUUGCGAUUAAUAAAGACUGGCCACUAAA